AUUGCCACGUGGUAGUUCUUUAAGUUUUACACCGGCACUUCAGAUCUGCAUGACGUCAGCUACAAAGAUGCCUCCUACUCUUUCAGAAACUUCUGGAGAUGAAGACCAACUAGCAUUUAAGGUUAUAAAUCAAGAUAAUUUUUCAAUAGUAGUAGUAGGUCAACCAAUUUUGAAACCAUUUGACCAAUCAGUUCAAAAGAACAAACCUAACCUUAUAGUACAUCCUAUUCGAAGGAUAUCCAAGACAGUAGAAGAUGCUAAGCAAAAAGUUACAGAAAAGCCUAAUGGAUUAUUAAGUAGUAGUAAUGAAAAUACCGUCAAAGUGCGCAAAAAUCUUAGCUCUUCACAUGGAAAUUUAUGUCACAAUAAUAGUACUGUUCAAAUGAAAUUAGAGGAUUUAGAGAACCAACUAGAGUUAGAAAAUUUUAACAAAAUAUUAGAUUCCAAACUUAAGAGACUGCAGAAAAAUGAAAAUAAACAACAAAAACCUUCAUAUUCGGACCCGCCAACAUCUAGAAAGCCUUUUGUAACAACCGUUAAAAAGGGACAAUUCCUAGAACCGCCACCCGAGAUAGCAUUACUUAUGGGGGUCAAAAUAGAAGAACCAAAAGUUGUAAAGAAAAACCCAAAGGAGCUAAAAAAGCUGUACGCUUUUGCUAGUCAACCAAGACUUUUAAGUCGCACUCCGCCUAGAAGUGUGCAUCAGUCUAGAUGCGAAGCCGCAGCUUGGGCAGCAGCAAAAUUAGUAGGUACAGUUGUUGGCGUUAAGAAUGAAAAUGAGAAACUCAGGUUUGUAGAAUAA